AUGGCCAGUUUGGACGUGGCUUUUUUUAACGGUUUACUGGUUUCUUGAUCACCUAGCCUUCUUGUCACAUUUCUCGUUUUCAAGACGGCUGAGGGUAGAGAUGUCAAAAAGUUGUCAACUAAUAAAAUGUGCACACAUUCUCAGUGAACGUUUUGUCAGUUGAUCACUUUUUGAUAUCGCUGUCCUCAGCUGCGAUAAGUAGUUUUUUCAGAUAUGGACCCAAUAAUCUCGACCCAGUUCUGCGCGGAGACCCAUCAAACCGUGGUGAUCGUGAAGAGUGCGCAAAAUGACGGUGCGCUCAAAACGCAAAAGUUCUCGUUCAACGCCGCCAAAAACGUGUUCGAGGUGAUGAAGACGGCGGUGUGCGCGAACAGCGACGAUCUGACCGCCCGUCACAUCGCCUGGUGCCCCCACCUCAAGAGCACCUUCAUUUUCGCGUUCAACCACGUCGAGCGCGAGGAUCUGCAGUACAUCUAUGAUGCGAACGCGGGAAAACUGGUGGAGGUGCGGUGCGAGGUGUGCAAACGCGACGAGAACCGCGAAGACGCGAAGGAAAAGGAGAUUUUGUUUAUCACGACGAGUCCGGAAUGCCGACGCGUCGUCGUGUUGAGUGUGAGCGACGGGAAGCGCAUUGUUCGAUUGCUCUACGACGAUCGGAAGAAGGUGCACCAUAAGAUGGAGCUGACUGAGGUCGUCGCGCUUCCGAAGAAGAAGGUCGAGGAGAAGAGAGGAUGUUCAGACGGAAAAAUCGAUACUAGCAAGCGGACUUUUCAAGAAAGUGUGAAGACGUCGCCGCUGGAGCUCGACGUCAGUGACAAGUUCGAGAUUCUGGACACCAAACUCAAGCCGGUCUACAUCCGCCACUUCCCCGAAUUCGGCGACAUCGCCAUUCUGUUUGCGAUCAAACCGUGCGGCCUCAGCGGAAUGUUCGUGUUCGAUCGUCUCCGGCACCAGUUUAUCGAGAUUUAUCACCAGAAACACUAUAAGGAGCUGGUCGGACUCUCGCGCUCCACGUACCCACAGCUCUUCUUCAUCACCGAGAGUCUCAAGACGAAGCGACUCGUGAAUAUAAUGAAGACCAGGGAGGGAUUGCUCGAGAAGAAACAGUUCACCAGCGCCGGACUCUUCGAGACGCUUCCGCCGAUGCCCGUCGUUCAGGACCGGCACAUUGUCACCGGAUAUCUCAAGGACGUCAGGCAGACUGGUGAGUUUAGCGAAAUUUUCCAAUUUUUUCGCUCAAAAAAUAAAUUUUUCAGGCGCGAUGGAGGACCGUGCGAGUCAUCUGUUCUACAAGACGAUCGAGCCGUUCGUCAUCUGCGAGCGACCGCCGCCAGAAGGUACGAAUACGCCACGGCGACCAAAAGUGUAGAAUCUGAGACGCGUUUUCUGAAAAUUGCCGCAAUUUCAGCACUUUUCCGCCAUUUUUGUGUUUGAUAUCGACGAAAGAAGAGACAUUAAAAAGAGAAAACAUUGAAAUUUUCGUGAAAACGCCGCGUUUGAGACGUUUUUCGAAUAUUUCGCAAUAAGUUCUCCGCGGCCAAUCGCCGCCGCAAUUUCGAAAUUUUCAUACCGGCCCAUUUGGAUAGUUUUGAGACGAAGUGAGUGUCGGAAGUGAUUAAGCACGUUAAUACAAGUAUUUUAAGCGUUCAAACGGCAAAAAGUAUCGGCGAAUGACUGAAAUUCGCAGCAUUUUCAGCAUAAAACUUGAAAAUCGAUUGAAUUGAUUCAUUCUCUGAAUGAAACCUGCUCGUUUUAAGCUCAAAAAGUGCGCGAUGAUUAGUUUAACAAAGUUAUGCAAUUACAUCGUCGAAAUCGUUCAAAAUUUGGGUAAUUUUUGACGAAAAACAUGAAAAAUAGGGGGGUUAAAUUUCGAAUUUCGCGCCAAAAUGGUGAUAAACCGUGCACGCGCUAGGCCCCACGCCACGUUCAGUCUGUGCGGCAAAAACCCAUUUCUUUUAUAGUGACCGCCACACUCGAGCUGACCCACGAUCCUGAGGACGAACUGAACAUGAUUGCCGACGAAGGUCUGAGCGAGAGAGAUGUGUGUCAAUUGCACGAGGCACUCCAUCCGGAACUGUACGAUCAGGCCGAGAAGCCGGUCGACGAGACCGACGAGAAGGAGGAGGAGGAAGCGUCGGAUUCGGAAUCAGAAUCGGGAUCGGAUUCGGACUCGGACACGUCAUCGGAUGAAUCCACCUCGUCGGACGCUUCCUUCGAUCGCCUUCCGGAUGCCGAGGAGGCCAAGUAG